UAUCUGGGGCUGGAAUCUCAACAGCAGUCUCUGGAACCCCAAGACUUGGAAUAUGGACCCCCAGUUUUGGAGCCUGAACCUCAAGAUUUUGCUUCUAAAGCCCCAAAUCUGGAACUGAACCCUGAACGCUGUGCCUGGGACCUUGAAAUCUGGGACCAGAUUCCCAUAUCUAUACUCAGGAACCCACUAUUAGGGACCCAAACCCUGAGAUUUAGGCCUCAUAUUCCAAGAUCUGAACCCCGGCAUUCCAAGGGGCCUAAACCUGAGUUUGAGCCUGAAGUCCUUGCUGCAAACCCAAAAGCUGAAAUUGAGGGCUAGAGACCUCCAAAUCUUGAUUCAGCACCCCAAUACCUGAGCCCAGCACCCCAGUAUCGGAUCCCAGGACUGGGCUUGAGACUCAGACCCUAAACUCUCCAUUUGGCUGUUUAGCAUCCCGAGACCAGAGCUAGGACAUACUGGCUCUGACCAACCCAAACUGGAGCCCGGGUCUCUAAAAUUGGCCCCUAGAGGCCCUAUAUUUAGAGAUCUAGGACCCUAAAUAUCAAGGUCUAGAGACUCCAUGGCCACAGAUCUGGGCUGAGAUACAGCACAGUCCCUCUACGGAGAACUUGGGGACAGAGAAGGCAUGACCAGGCCCCCGCUCCAGAGCCCUGACCCCUGACCCGUUGAAGCCUGAGGACUCUGCUCCCUAGGGCGGCUUCCAGCUCAGGCCGCCCCUGCCCGCAAUGGCCGUCCUCCCUCUGCUCCUCUGCCUGCUGCCACUGGCCCCUGCCUCGUCUCCAGCGCAGCCAGCCACUCCCAGCCCGUGUCCCCGCCGCUGCCGCUGCCAGACACAGUCCCUGCCCCUCAGCGUGCUGUGCCCGGGGGCAGGCCUCCUGUUCGUGCCCCCGUCGCUGGACCGCCGGGCAGCCGAGCUGCGCCUGGCGGACAACUUCAUCGCGGCCGUGCGCCGCCGCGACCUGGCCAACAUGACCGGCCUGCUGCAUCUGAGCCUGUCGCGUAACACCAUCCGCCAUGUGGCAGCCGGCGCCUUUGCUGACCUGCGCGCCCUGCGGGCCCUGCACCUGGACGGAAACCGGCUGACCUCGCUGGGCGAGGGUCAGCUGCGCGGCCUGGUCAACUUGCGCCACCUCAUCCUGAGCAACAACCAGCUGGCGGCCCUGGCGGCCGGCGCCCUGGACGACUGCGCCGAGACACUCGAGGAUCUCGACCUGUCCUACAACAACCUGGAGCAGCUGCCUUGGGAGGCCUUGGGCCGCCUGGGCAACGUCAAUACGUUGGGCCUCGACCACAACCUGCUGGCCUCUGUGCCUGCUGGUGCCUUUUCCCGCCUGCACAAGUUGGCACGGCUGGACAUGACCUCCAAUCGCCUGACCACCAUCCCGCCCGACCCGCUCUUCUCCCGCCUGCCGCUGCUGGCCCGGCCCCGCGGCUCCCCUGCCUCCGCCCUGGUGCUGGCCUUUGGCGGCAACCCCCUGCACUGCAACUGCGAGCUGGUGUGGCUGCGGCGGCUGGCCCGGGAGGACGACCUGGAGGCCUGCGCCUCCCCACCCGCUCUGGGCGGCCGCUACUUCUGGGCCGUGGGCGAGGAGGAAUUUGUGUGCGAGCCCCCCGUGGUGACUCACCGCUCGCCGCCCCUGGCGGUGCCUGCGGGCCGGCCGGCUGCCCUGCGCUGCCGGGCAGUGGGGGACCCCGAGCCUCGCGUGCGUUGGGUGUCACCCCAGGGCCGGCUGGUGGGCAAUUCAAGCCGCGCUCGCGCCUUCCCUAACGGGACGUUGGAGCUGCUGGUCACUGAGCCGGGCGAUGGUGGCAUUUUCACUUGCAUUGCGGCCAAUGCGGCUGGUGAGGCCACCGCGGCUGUUGAGCUGACCGUGGGUCCCCCCCCACCUCCCCAGCUAGCCAACAGCACCAGCUGUGACCCCCCGCGGGACGGGGAUCCUGAUGCCCUCACCCCGCCCUCUGCCGCCUCGGCCUCGGCCUCCGCCAAGGCAGCUGACACUGGGCCCCCUACCGACCGUGGUGUCCAGGUGACUGAGCAUGGGGCCACAGCUGCUCUUGUCCAGUGGCCGGAUCAGCGGCCUAUCCCAGGCAUCCGCAUGUACCAGAUCCAGUACAACAGCUCAGCCGACGACAUCCUCGUCUACAGGAUGAUCCCCGCCGACAGCCGCUCUUUCUUGUUGUCGGACCUGGCGUCGGGCCGCACCUACGAUCUGUGCGUGCUGGCGGUGUUCGAGGACGGCGCCACAGGGCUGACGGCCACGCGGCCCGUGGGCUGUGCCCGCUUCUCCACCGAGCCAGCGCUGCGGCCCUGCGGGGCCCCGCACGCACCCUUCCUGGGCGGCACCAUGAUCAUCGCCCUUGGUGGAGUCAUCGUGGCCUCGGUACUGGUCUUCAUCUUCGUGCUGCUUAUGCGCUACAAGGUGCACGGCGGCCAGCCCCCCGGCAAGGCCAAGGCACCCGCCCCCGUCAGCAGCGUUUGUUCGCAGACCAACGGCACCCUGGGCCCCACACCGGCCCCGCCCGCCCCUGAGCCCGCGGCGCCCAGGGCCCACACCGUGGUCCAGCUGGACUGUGAGCCCUGGAGGCCCAGCCACGAACCCACGGGACCCUAGCCUUGCGCCCACCUUCCGGCCCUUCUGGCCCCAGGGGUGGGAGGACCCAGGCACCCGGUGGGACCUGGCCUCAGACUCACCAAAUUGCUCACGGUUUUUAAAACUCUGAUGGGGAGGGUGUCGGGGGCACCGGGGCACAACAAGAAAGUCCUAUUUUUCUAAGCUUGGGC